GGCCAACAUGUAAGUCAAAUUAUGCCUUUGGGUGCAACGAGGUUGAAAGGAGAGGAGGAUAGAGCUGCUUUGUAUUGUUGCCCUAGUUGGUGAUGCCCCGCCUCUGAUGCUAGACUUAAACCUGGCACCCUGCUAAAACAAACGGAAGCCAGCAGCACCAAGCUCAGCCCAGCUCAGCUCAGCUCCCACUCAAUGCAAUUAAGGCGGAAUUCAGUCGACUCUCCUACCUACGUGUUCAUCUAGCAAGGAUCGACGUUGAGUCAACAGGAACCAAAGAGAGAGAGAGAGAGAGAGGGGCUUUGGUCCCCCCCAAAAAACAGAAGGAGAGAUUGCCUAGCCUUCUAAUUUCUCCCCUCUCCACCUGCCCCAGAACAAUGUCGAUGAGCCCUAAGCAUACGACUCCUUUUUCUGUUUCCGAUAUCUUGAGUCCUCUUGAGGAGAGCUACAAGAAAGUAAGUAUGGAGAAUAACAAUUUAGGGGUACCUCUCGCGUCUUACCGGCAACCGCAGGUGUCUCAGGCGGCGAUGCAACAGCACCACAUGGGCCAUAACGGGACUGUGUCCGCAGCGUACCACAUGACCGCGGCAGGGGUGUCCCAGCUGUCACACACCGCGAUGGGGGGCUACUGUAACGGCAACCUAGGCAACAUGAGCGACCUGCCUCCCUACCAGGACGGUAUGAGAGGCAGCGCCACUGCCACCGGCUGGUACGGAGCCAACACAGACCCACGAUUCUCCACGAUCUCCCGCUUCAUGGGCUCUUCCUCGGGCAUGAACAUGGGCAGUAUGGGCAGCCUCGGCUCCCUCGCGGAUGUGGGCAAAGGCAUGGGCCCGCUGUCAAGCACCCCGAGAAGGAAGAGACGCGUGCUGUUCUCUCAGGCUCAGGUCUACGAGCUCGAGCGGCGAUUCAAACAACAGAAGUAUCUCUCGGCGCCCGAGAGAGAGCACCUGGCGAGCAUGAUCCACCUCACCCCCACCCAGGUCAAAAUCUGGUUCCAGAACCACCGGUAUAAAAUGAAGAGGCAAGCUAAGGACAAAGUGUCGCAGCAGCAGAUGCAACAGGAUAAUAGUUCCUGUCAGCAGCAGUCUCCUCGGCGGGUGGCCGUGCCCGUGUUGGUGAAAGACGGCAAGCCAUGCCAAGGCAGUGCCCACACUCCAACCACUACUGUCCAGACACACCACCAGCAAGGGGCCAAUGUUAUGAUCAUGUCCAGUAAUGGUUCAGGCCUAGGCCAGCACCAGGGCCAGCAGGUGGUUAGCGCAGAUCACUCUCCAGACCUAGCACAUCAUUCGACCAGCCCGCCGUCUCUCCAGACCCAGGUAGCUAGUCUCUCUCACCUGAACUCAUCCAGCGCCGAGUACGGGACAGCCCUGCAGUGUUCUGCUCUCUUAUACGGCCGGACAUGGUGACAGCAAGACAAACUAUGAUCACAAACAAACAACACUGUUGUCAAAGCUUUCGCAGAAAAGUCACUCAACAGACAAACUAACAAACUCGGUUACUUUGUAUACAUUUUCAACAACACCACUUGGUGCAUUUGGUUCACGCUCUUCUAAAAUGUUAUUUACUCUUUCGGAAAGCCAUGUUGGAUGCGGACAGUAGGAGGGGAAGAAAGAAACUUGAAAGACGAAGUGUCGAGUCCAUGCGAUUUCAAGACUCGCCUUGAAGGUGGAUUUUUUAUUUAUGUAAAUUAUACUGAGAAGGUAUAAACGGCUUACGUCAAGAGGUAGGCCUUCUCCUGUGUGUAGGUCAUUGGGCUAAAGGUCUCAAUAGAAAAACUGUGGGUGCUUUUCAACUUUUGUCACAGAAGACUCUGGUUUAUAAUAGAUUUAAUGUAAAACGUAGCUUGUAUAUUUCUGUCAAAGUUUUGAAUUGAACAUAUAGCCUAGUUUUUAGCAAUAUGUUGUACAAAGUUUUUAUGCUUUUGAUGGUUUGUUGUUGGUUCUUUUAGUUAUAUCGGUAUUUGUACGUUUUAUUUACUUGUAACUUAUAUAGAUAUUUUACUUAAAUACAGCCAAACAAUCCUAUUAAUAAAUUAUGGAAAUAAAAUAAUUCA